AUUUAAGCUUGUCGCGUUUUUGGCGGAUUAACCUUCCCUAUCAAAAACAUUCCUUAUUACCAAAUCCAAUAUUUAGCAACAAUUAUUACCAAUUCUCGUCAAAGUCUACAUAUAGCACUUCUCAACUCAUCUCUUAGUUAAGAUGGAUGAAAGUGAGAAGCUUCAAUACGAAGAGACGUGCAGGCAAUUACGCGCCGACCUCAAGCACUUCGAGGCCGACUGGGCAAGCCAUAAUGCCGGCACAAAGCCGGGGCGCGAGGAUAUUAAGAAAAAUCCAGAAAUAGCUCGAAAAUACAAGAAAUACAACCAAGUCCGCGAUAUCUUAGCUGGCAAACUCCCUCCCCCAAAAGCCAAGACGAGGGAAUCAUCAAGUUCUCGGAAACGCGAGCCGGAAGAAGUUCUCGCAGUGACGCCCUCAAAGCGGUCAAAGCCAGCCGAGACGCCUUCCCAUAUACGGGAGCGAAUUAUAGAUCCUGAGAUGUUUGAGACACCAUCCUCGCGGAAACUAUUUAGUCCUGCUGUACCUACCUCAAUUGGACCUACCCCCCAAAGGGAUGGGCGUAUCCUGGGAUUAUUUGAUUUGUUGGAAGAGAACGACGAGAACACGCCUUCGAAAAGUAGGACUGGCGAAUCAUUGAAAGAUGGUGCAAUCCAGGCCACUCCCAGCAAAAAUGUUGGUGGUGAAAAUAUCGGUGACGCUCUCAAACUGGAUAAAACUCCAGUGUCGAGCAAGCGCACGACACUUUUCAUGACGCCUUCGCGGCGAGAUAGCAAUGCUCCUCUAGGUCGAACUCCUAGUUCGAUCCGUAAGUUGCAAUUGACUACACCAUCUUUUCUUAGGAGAGCACCCCUCGCAACGGUGGACGAAAAUGGCGAUUACAUAGCUCCUGCACCCCUACGACUACCACGCAAGCCUCUAGGCCGUAGUCUGAGCAGCGCAGUGGCGAGUCUACGAAAGCUAGAGGAAGAAGCACUGGAUGACGAUCUCGAAGCCUUACGUGAGGCGGAGAAUGAUGUUAACCCGUCGGCCACUACGAAGCCUGUGAGGAAGAAUGAGGAGAUCCUCGAGCCGGACAGUCAGGCCCAGCAGCUCCUUGGUGGAUUUGACGAUGAGGAUCUUUAUGACAGUACACCCGAAGAGCAAGUGGGCCGUGGCGGACAGCCCCUAAAGGUUUACAAGAAGAAGGGACAAAAGAGGACUACGCGACGAGUCAAUAUGAGGCCAACUAGGAGCAAACGGCCACAGCAGCCUGCGCAGGAACAACCGGAGACCGAUGACGAAGGUGACGUCGUACCUGAGACGCAGGCAAACAUAAUGAAGGGCGGCGAUACUCCACCACUAGACUUAGGGUCCGACUCUGAAUUCGACCUCGUAGAAGAUGAUGGUCAAGAGCCCAAGGAGACGAAGCAUGCAGAGAAGAAAAAGAAGACGGAAAAGAAGGAUGGCAAGGUCCAAAAGGUUGCUAGGAAGGUCAACGAGCUAGCCCAUGCGAACUUUAAGAGGCUAAAGCUGAAGAAUCAUGGAGCCAAGGGGCCUCCGUCUGGGUUUGGGGGUAGAUUCAGGCGCCGUAGAUGAGCGGGCAAGUUACUGAUACUACCGUAUUGAAUGAUUAUGAUGAUGCUUGUCAAUAAUUGCCUAUUUACAUGAGCC